AUGGACUCUAAUUCCUCGUCAUUGCUCAAAUUGUCCACAGAGCUGCUCGUUAUGAUAGCCAAGCGACUAGACUCAGAGAAGGAUAUAUCGGCAUUUUCUCAAACUUGCCAUCGAUUGUAUGACGCAUGCAUAAAUCACUUGUACCAGCACAACUCGCUGUGGUCGAGAGGCUCAGCACUUACUUGGGCGGCGCGACUAGGACGAGUCGACACGCUUCAACAGGCAAUCUCGGCCAGAGUCCCAAUACCAUACCUAGAUGUCAUGGCAGAAGCUGCAAUAGCCGGCCAGGUCAACGUCUUCAAGUGGCUCUAUUCAGUUGAAGGGGAAAGUCUGGUGCAGCUUCCUUGGGACAUCACCAACGAUCCAUCUCCUGUCUCUCUGGCUGCGAAACAUCGGCACCACGACUUGCUUGAGUAUCUUUGUCAAGUUGGGUUCGACGUAGAAUACAAUGGCAACGAGCCCAUCGACCUGGCAGCUAAGAAUGGGGACUACGCUGCAGUCCAGUGCUUGCUCAAGCAUGGAGCUGGCAUUACUGGAACAGGACAGCAACACCCUCCAUUGUUCUGGGCAGUUCGAGGCAACCAAGUCGAGCUAGCCAGAAUCCUGCUGGAAUAUGGAUCGGACGUCAACUACGUCUACGACAAGGACCAGGAGAAAACUUCAUUACUGCAUUUCGCCUUGGUUUGUCGGUCCUCGAAGGACAUGAUUGAGCUGAUUGUCUCUUAUGGUGCGGACUUGUCCGCCACAGAUGUGUAUGGAGCCACGCCAUUUGCAUUCGCAGUCUUGAGAAAUCACAAUGACGGCGCCAUGGUAUUACUAAAGAACAGCUCAGUAGAUUGUAGUGCACCACUGUAUCGCGGCGAGCUUCCUCUCCAUGUGGCAGCCCACUACGGGAAUACUACCAUGGUAGAGGAAUUCCUCUCGAGGGGAGCUGAUCCAAAGGCACGAGAUCCUGUGACAGGAUGGACAGCGCUUCAUUUUGCUGCUAGCCAAAGGUAUCAACAGAACGUGGACAUGGUCUCGACUCUUACCGAGCAUGGAGUGCGUUUGGAUCAGUUCGACGCUCGGGGGGAAACACCAAUAUGCUUGGCCGUAUAUAAAGCCACAGAUGUGGUUUUUAAAAGUUUUCUUCAUCAUCACAGCGAUGCAAAUGCCUCUGUUUCUACUAGUGGCCGAAAUUUGUUACAUGAAGCGGCAAGGCAUGGAGCCAUGCAGAAGAUGAGGCUGCUCCUGGAAAGACCGGACAUUGACAUCAAUUGCCAAGACAACAUGGGGCGAACCGCCUUAUUCCACGCGGCCAGGAACAGGCGUCUUAAUGCCAUGGAAGAGCUGCUUCUGAAUGGUGCCUCGCCAACAAUAGCAGACAAGUACGGAGCAACUCCUCUCUUUGCUGCAAUCCGCAAUGGUCACGAACAAGAGACCGCAUUAUUGCUACCAGUCACACCAGACGCGGCUACCCAAAGAGACGGCUUCGGACACACCAUUCUAUGGUGGGCACAGAAGAACGGCAACCCACAAGUUCAGGAUGCAAUCCUGCAGUACGCAAGUAAUGCCGAAACCCCAAUUGGUGUCGAUGACGAAGCUGGCCCGGAUAUAUUGGACAUCUCGUACGAUCACAUUGCGUGCUAUUGCGAUGUCUGUACCAGGUGCGUCGAAACGCAUGACUGGCUAGGGCCAGCGUGGCAGUGUUCGAUAUGCCACGGGGGCAGAUUCAUGAUUUGUUUUGAUUGCGCUCUUUUGCGAGGAGAAAGUUGCCCGGGAGGAGAGAAACACCAGGAGAAUGCUUGGGUUGAACAUGACGAUUGCAACAUAAGAAAACCUGAAGAGUAUUUGCCAGACCGGUAUUGGAAUGUCUGA